GGGGAUAGAAUCUCCUCCAACACGUUGUUUUAUGUCACCAAGACAAAUAAUGCCUCCCUUGACAACGUUUGGACCGAUGUUUUCGCGAAGGCUUUGGAAGGUAAGGACUUGAAAGAGUUGUUCUUGUUAAUUGAGCCGGCACAAACAGGAUGA